AUGCUAGGAGCGAUUCAUUUCGGAGUAUUAGCAGCUUGCUUCGUCCUCUUCGUCCCCAUGGCUAUGGCUGGUUGGCAUCUGAGCAGGAACAAGAUGCUCUUCUUUAGUGGCGCUUUGUUCAUUUCCCUCGCCGUCUGUGUUCAUCUCACGCCGUAUUUCCCUUCCGUCUCCGACAUCGUAGCCUCCGUUUCCUCCGUCGUUGUUUACGAUAAUCGAAUCUCCUGUAUCAACGAGGUUAAUCAGAUUGUCUGGGAUGUUAAACCGAGACCCAAUCCCGAGUCAAUUCGAAGGCAGAACGGGACGAAGCUCGAUUAUUUCGAGAAGAAUUGGGAUUGGAUGAAAUCGAGGAAAGUUUUGAGUUGUGAGUUUCAGAAAUUGGAUAGGUUAGAUGUUUCGGAGCUGUUGAAUGGGUCUUGGGUUGUUGUAGCUGGCGAUUCCCAGGCGAGAUUCGUGGCCUUGUCGUUGUUGAAUCUGGUUUUGGGUUCGGAUUCGGAAGCUAUGGGGACGGUUGAAAGCGAUCUCUUUAGGAGACAUAGUGAUUACAACAUUGUGGUUAAGGAGAUUGGGAUGAAGCUGGAUUUCGUCUGGGCUCCUUACGAGAAAGAUUUGGAUGAUCUCGUGGUGUCGUAUAAGAAGAGGAACAAGUAUCCAGAUGUUGUGAUAAUGGGAAGUGGGUUAUGGCACAUGCUUCAUGUGAACAAUGCUUCUGAUUUCGAGUUUUGGUUGAAGCAGUUGAGCAGUCAUGUGGAGUCUCUAGUGCCCAUUUCGACAAAGGAGCAAGAAGGAGGGAGAGGAACGGUUGUUCCCGGGAGAUCUAUGCAUCUGUUCUGGAUUGGGAUGCCGGUUUUGAUCAACGGGAUGUUGAAUACGGAUGAGAAGAAGGAGAAGAUGAGUGAUACGGUGUGGCAUGAGUAUGAUAGAUCACUUGGGGAGAGUAAGAUCUUGCGGCAAAUGGGAGGUCCGCUUGUCUUGCUUGAUAUACAGUCUUUUACUUGGAAUUGUGGACCGCAAUGUACACUCGACGGAAUGCAUUACGACCCUGCGGUCUAUGAUGCUGCUGUUCAUGUCAUGCUCAAUGCUUUGCUUAUCGAAUCUCAUCAAACUUUAUAA